AUGAACAACACCAUUCAAAACUCUACUAUUACUGAUGAUUUGAAAUAUGUGAUGACUUUGGAUAAGUUGACAGAGUAUUUAUCGUGUCUGAUUUGCUUACCAGGAGCCCUGUGCAACGCCAUUCUGAUCUACCUAAUAUGGAAAAGGACUCCAAUACAAAUGAGGUCAUAUGCCAUCUAUAUUUUGAAUUUUGCACUUUUUGAUUUUGCCACUUGCAUCAUUUCGUUUUUCUCAUGUCAACAAGUAAUCUUCUCGGAUUUCUCCCUCGUCUACAUCUUCCACGGUCCGUGUAAAUAUGUUUCACCCUGGUUCUGCUACUUUUGUCAUUGCUUCAUGUGUCAUGCGCUUGCCCAUUCUCAAUGGAUUCUUCUCGGUUCAUUCAUUUAUCGAUAUCGUGUUCUAACUGGUGAAACACCAACGGCAAAGGAUUUAAUAAGAAAUUCAGUGGCAUUGUACUCUAUGUCACUUUGCUUUUUGUUGGUCUACGUUUUUGAUAACAGUGAUUCCGACCUAUUGUUUCAAAUUCUCACCCGUGUUCAUCCAGAAUAUCAUUAUGAUGAUGAGAGUAUUUGGAAGAAAAGCAUUGUGGUCAGUGGAAAUAUCUCAGCAUUUGCUCCAAUAACUCUUAUCUCAAUACUUUAUAUGACAAUCCCAUGUGUACCAAUUUACUGUGCAAUUCUAUAUUUCCGACAUAAUACUCGCGUUAUCCUGAACAAUCCUCACAUCAAUUUGUCGCCCACUGCAAAAUCUAACCAUGUGAAGCUUAUCAGGGCUCUCACAGUUCAAGCUGGUAUUCCGAUAUUUUGGCUUGUUGCGUCUGGAAUCUUCACAAUGUCACAGUUUGGAAUAAUUGGAGGACCUAUUCCGGAAAAUAUUACAUUUCGACUAAUGGAUUGUAUUCCAUUGAUUAGUCCAAUUGUCACAAUUAUUUUUGUUCAGCCAUAUAGAGAAGGUCUCCUCAAGGUUUUGCUGAAAAAUUCUGGUCUCUUCGUUCCAAAUAUCAUUGGUAGCAGCAUUGUCGAUCAAACAGUGGCAGUGACUUCUGUCUUUGGACCCAAAGUAACGGCGUUCGUUCAAACUCAACUUUAA